AUGUCGAGCCAAGAAAUAUUUAACUUUAACCAGUUUGAUGUAUCGUCUGAUUCCCAGUAUAGUUUAUCGUCAGACUUUCCGCCAUCACCGUCCCCAAAAGACAUGAGUGAGGUGAAUACUGAUGGUGAAGAUGUAGUUCCAACAACAGCAACAACCACUCAAGAAGACAACGAUGAGGAGAAGCUGCAAUAUUUGUUGAGCACCGUUAUUCCGGCAGGGGCAUUUUCGAUUGAUUGUGGCCUUAAUCCUAAGCAAUUUUUUAAUGCCGCUGUCGGAUUGACAGAAGAUUUGAAAGAAUUUUUGUCUUUUCCAUCUGAAAGUGCUUUAGCCACGGUUCCCUCUGUUGUCCAGUCGGAACAAAUUAUGUUUAAUGCAAACAUAGAUUCGGAAAAUCAAUAUAUGCAUUGGACAGAUAUAACCACUAAUGCACUGAUCCAUGUUUAUAAAGAACACUAUAAAAAAGUAGGCAAGUCAAUCAAAAUCCAGAAGAAACUGUUUGAAAUUAUUGCAGACGUUUUAAAUAAAAGGUACAAGUUAGCGUUGACAAGAGAAAGAGUCAAUAAUAAAUGGAAAACACUAGAGAGAAACUUUAAAAACGUUGUAGAUAACAAUAAUAAAACAGGUAGAAAAAGAAAAUAUUUUAAGUUUGAAAAAGAAAUUGAAGAAGAAUUUUUGAAACAAAAGAAAAUUAACCCAGAUAUUCUAUUGUCUGAAGACACAGUUGUUGAUAAUUCAACUGUUCGACAGGAAUCUCAGAAGAAAAAUGCUAUUCCCAAAAAGAACAAGAAAAACAAGACAAACCUACAAGGCUUGGUACACAAAAAGAAGUAG